AUGCGUUUCACCUCGAUCGUGUCGGCUGCCGUUUUUGCGUCUGCCACCUUGGCGGCCGUCGUCCUUCCCAGAGACCUAGCAAAGAGCGACAGCAAGCAGCAAGCCAUUGAUCUAAUUGAAGAUAUCAAGACCAAUGAGGCUACGUGCAACGCCCGGAAUGUUGCCUUUAGGAGAGAGUAUGGCUCGCUCUCCAAGGAGGAGAGACUAGACUAUGUCAAUGCCGUCAAGUGUCUACAGCAGCUCCCCCCGCGUACACCCGAGAGUGUUGCACCUGGUGCCAGAUCCAGGCAAACCUUGAGCAUCCACUACUCUGGCGUCUUCCCUCCCUGGCAUCGCUGGUUUGUCUACACAUAUGAGGAGGCGCUCCGUGAAGAGUGCGGCUACAAGGGAUAUCAACCAUACUGGGACUGGGCCAAGUAUGCCAGCGCUCCUGAAGACUCGCCCCUCUUCAACGGUGACGACUACAGCCUCGGUGGCAACGGGGAUUAUGUCCCCCAUAAUGGGCCUGUCAUCAUCCCCCCUGAGGGUGUCUCGGGUGAUACAAUUCCUCUUCCCGCAGGCACGGGUGGCGGGUACGUGACAACGGGCCCGUUUGCCAACAUGACGAUCAAUCUCGGUCCUGUGGGCGGCAUCCAGGGAGGCGCACCUCCCGGUCCUGAUGGUGGCCUGGGCUACAACCCUCGCGGUCUGAUGCGCGAUCUUGGUGGUGCCAUGAACACCCGCUACGCCAACUACUCGACAGUUCUCAACCUGCUCUUGAAGCCUGAUAUUGAGCAGUACCGGCUUCUGUCCGAGGGUGUGCCUUACACGCCCGAGAUUGGCCCUCAUGGCGGGAUUCAUUACACGAUCGGUGGCGACCCCGGAGGUGAGCUCUUCACCUCCCCUGGAGAUCCUGCCUUCUGGGUGCACCAUGGUAUGAUGGACCGCAUGUGGACCUUUUGGCAAGCAAUCAACCCCAACCAGCGCCAUCGCGAGUUCAACGGCGGCCCUUAUGGUCACAUCACAUGGGCCAACGAGCCGCCGUCCCGAAAAGCGUCGCUGGGGGUUCCCAUAGACAUGGGGUAUGCCGGUGACUCAACCGUCAUUAGAGAGGUCAUGGGCACUCUGUCCGGCCCUUUCUGCUACUUUUAUCUCUAG